AUGUCACCCUCUCCCCCCGCAAUCAUCCUCGCAACCGAGCCAGACGCCCCCGCCCUCGCAUCCCUCACAACCUCCUCCUUCGCCUCCUCCGACGCCGCAUACCCUUUAAUCUGGGGUUCCGCAGCCCCAGGGACCCACGACGCAGUAGCACUUAACGGUCUCUUUUCGCCCGUGCAGAAAGCAGAUAGAGUUACGUUUAAAGCCGUGCUUGCGAGUGGUGAGAUUGUGGGAUUGGCAACGUGGAAUAUGCCAAAGGAAAGUAUGUCUGCGGGAGAAGGGGGAGGGACGGGAUUGCCGUUUAUUGAGGGGGUGGAUAUGGGGUUGUGGAAUGAGACGGCGAUGUGUUUUAAAGGGUGUUAUGAGCGGGAUGUUGAUGUGUUGAAAGAUAUAUCACUCUCUUUGCUGUUCGUACAUCCUGAGUAUCAGCGCCAUGGAAUAGGCUCUUUGCUACUGGACUGGGGGCUGAAGAAGGCGGAUGAGAUGAAGGCGAAGAUCUGGGUUGCCAGUACGCCGCAGGCAGUGAGCACGUAUGAGAGGAAUGGCUGGAGGGUUGUUGAGAGGUAUGAUGUUGUGCUGGAGAAGUAUGGUGGGCAGGGGGGUUAUAGUAGGGCUUGGAUGGUUAGAGAAAUACCUACGACGGCAUGA